AUGGUGGCGAUGCCUGAAUCCCUAGGCCACUCCUCGGAAGAGGAUCCACUGGAUUCCCCGGACGCCAUCCCCGAAGCAGAUGACCCAUUCUCGGCCAUACAAGUAGGUGACCUCGGGGCCCCAGCAACUAAAGGAGACAUUCUGGGCCUCCUGAAACACCUGCCCACCUGGUUCCGUACGGAUAUAGCACUGCUUCGCGAGGAGGUCACGGCCGUAACAGACAGGGUGAAAGCCACAGAGGAGGAUAUCUCCUCCAUAGCACAGCAACAAACAAGUGCAACAGAGCAAAUACGACAACUCCAGGGCUCACACCAGGCCUUACAGGCCAGAGUGGACGCAAUGGACGAUGCCAGGAGACGUGCCAACGUCAAAGUCAGAGGCAUUGCAGAAACAGUUAAUGACAGAGAGCUACCCCACUUUAUCCGGCACCUUAUAUCUGAGAUUAUGCAACCCAAGCAGGCGAAGACCCUACAAGUGGACAGAAUACACAGACUCUCCAAGUCUCCCAGGGCACCAGCGGACGCACCCCGUGAUGUCCUUCUCCAUUUCUAG